AUGGAUAAUAUCACUUUCGAACAAUUCAAGCAUCGCGACUUCGCGGAGCUCACCAAGGCUGGCUUCGCGGGUAACCUCAAGGUGACCUUGGCUCAGCUAGCUGAGGGGCAUAGUAAGAAGAUCGUCUCGAAGGGGGAUCAACGAAGUGCCGUGGGUCCACAUGCCAUCGGCGAUCUGUCAAUCAACGGUUUCCCUGCCCUGGGAGAUGAGAUUAAGAAGGCUCGGGAUUUCAGCAGGUCUGCAGAUACCCGCCAGAAAGAGCAGAAGAGUUCAUAG